UUGCCCAACUCCUGCAGGACACCAAGUGCUGGGUGGAGAAGUUCUGUCACAACUCAGAGUGGUGGGAAGAUCUGCGGCAGCAAUCAUGGCUUUCAGCAGGUUCUGUGUAGUCCUUGUCCUACUUGUUGCUUCUCUCGGUGUGUCAGAAUCAUCCAGGCCAGUUAUAAACCAGGAGCUGUCCACCCUCUUCAAUGAGCUGUGGAUGCUGGAUGUCAACAGGAUGACACCGGGAGUGGACUACACCGUCACCGUUCAAGGUCGUGCUGGAUUCGUGACUCAGGGAACCCAUGUUGUGCAGGAUCAUGCAGCCCAGCCUCUGUUCUCUAACGUCAAUGAGACCAAACUGUGGAACACCACCACAUUCUCCAGGCUUCUGAGCCUCCUGGAUAACUAUGAGCGGUCCACGGGCGUGACUGAGCGUGUCACGGAAGAGGAGCGCUCAGAGACUAAUCUCUUCUUGGAUGCUGUCUUGCAAACAGAAGUCAUGAAGCGCGCUCACAGAUAUCUGGUGAGUAAACGCCAGUCCAGUUCUGACCUGACGUUGUUCAAGAGUCAGCUGCACUUGAUCUGGUUCCAUCUUUACCACAGACAGAGGACCGCUGGCCUGGACUCUUGUGGGUUUGAGCACGUAUUCGUUGGAGAGUUGAAAUCUGGAGUGGAAAUCAUCGGUUUCCAUAACUGGGUUCAGUUCUACCUGCAGGAGAAGGACAGACAGCUGGACUACAAAGGAUACAAGGCCAGAGAGAACGACCUUCCUGAUCACGACGACCACGUGCUGAACCUCCAGUUCAGUUGGCACAACGUGGUGAAGCCAGUCGGCAGCAGCUUCAUCGGCACCAGCCCGGAGUUUGAGAUGGCCGUCUUCACCGUCAUCUUCCUCAUGAACACGGAGAAGAGCACCAAUGUUGUGGUCAACAUUGACCAGUGUCAGAUGGAGCUGGUGGUGAUCAGGCAUGGACGCUCGCUUGGGACAGCGUAUCCCAAGCUGCUCAGCAGCAACAGCAGACACGUGCAGCGGCGCUCGCACUGACCACGUCUCUGUAAUAUACAAGUUUAUUUACAUAUACAUGCAGUGUCUUCAUGACGAUGCAU